CGGGUCACAAGUCCGACUCUCUAUCCAUUAGGCCACGACUGCCCCGAGCACCUGCUGGUCACUCUGUAAAUGCAACGAGAACACAAACAGUUCUAUUUUGGAGUGUUUAAGACCGUUAAUCAGCACUCUUGACUGGCUGUUAAUUAUUCUCAUCUUUAACAUGACGGAGUAUCCAAAGAUGCAGAAAAACUCCUGGUGAAGUAACUGAGAUCCACGUGACUAUUGUAAAGAUGGCGUUUAUUAAAGAGGAGAGUGACGACUUGAGGAUUGACGAAGCAUUCAGAGUGAAACAUGAAGAUAUUGAGGAACAAACAGACCUGGUAGCAUUGAAAGAGGAGCGUGAAGUAUUCAAUGAAAUGAAAGAGGAAGAUCAUGAUUUCGUAACUGAAGAAAAAUCGUUUAGUUGCUCACAGAAUGAAAAUACUUCUGCACGAAAUCUAGCUCAAAAUUCAGGAACCCUUAAUUCCCACUUAAGAGAGGCUUCCAGAGAGAAGGCUUUCAAAUGCCAGCAGUGUGAAAGGAGUUUCCAAUUAAAUAAGCACCUGAAGAAUCACAUGAGAAUUCAUGCAGAGGACAAGCCUUUCACGUGCCGUCAUUGUGGCAAGAGUUUGAGUAAUAAAGGCAGUCUCAAAACUCACAUGAGAAUUCACACUGGAGAGAAGCCUUACUCGUGCCCUCAGUGCAGAAUGAAUUUCACAUACAAACUAACCUUGAAUGCUCAUUUGAAAAGUCACACGGGAGAGAACCCUUACACCUGCAAACUGUGUGGGAACAGCUUCUCACAAAAGGGAAAUCUAAAGUAUCACAUGAGAGUUCACACUGGAGAGAAGCCUUUCACGUGUGAUCAGUGUGGAAGGAGUUUCAGCCACAAAGUAACCUUAAAUAGGCACACAAGGAUUCACUCAAGAGAGAACUGUUGUACAUGUCAUCAGUGUGGAAAGAGUUUCACCGACAAGAAAGACCUUAGGAAUCAUGUAAUAACUCACAUCGGGGAGAAGCCUUUCAUGUGCCACCACUGUGGAAAGAGUUUCACACGUAAAGAAAAUCUCAAGACUCACAUGAUGAUUCAUACUGGAGAGAGACCUUUCAUGUGCCACCACUGUGGAAAGAGUUUCACACGUAAAGAAAAUCUCAAGACUCACAUGAUGAUUCAUACUGGAGAGAGACCUUUCAUGUGCCACUGCUGUGGAAAGAGUUUCAGAUUGAAAGGAAAUCUUCAGACUCACAUGAGGCUUCACACCGCAGAGAGGCCUCAUGCAUGUCUUAAGCGUGAGAAGAGUUUCACAAAUCAGAAAGACCUGAAAUGUCAUUUGCAAACUCAUUCCAGAAAGAAACAGCAGUGUUUAGAGUAUGGCAAGAUGUUUAGAAAAAGAAGCAGUUUUAAAAAUCGCCUGCGAAUUCACUCUGCAGGAAGGCGAUUUAAUUGUGAUCAGUGUAAUAAAAAAUUUAUUUUACCAUCACACUUACAGAUACACCUGAAGAGUCAUGCAGAUGUGAGACCCUAUUCUUGUUCUUUCUGUAGAAAGAGUUUUAAAUGGUUUGCCUAUUUUAAAUUGCACCAGAAAGCAAGUAUAUGUGUGAAAUCAAGGCUACAUUUGCACCAGAGCUGAAUGUGGUUUAAAUCUGAUUUUCUUCUCAAAUGUUUUUUUUUUUAAUUUUUUAUAUGGCAUGUAUCCAAUACCAUCUGAAAAGGUGAUGCUCCUACAGCACUGCUCCAUGUGUUUUAUUUUGUAUCCUUUACUUGUUUAUAUUUUAACUUGAGAGCUUUUCUUUUGUCAUGUACAUAUGAGCACCUGUGGCCACACCUGACCAUUUCCUUUGCUAUAGUUUCAAAUAUUGAAUGGUUGCGGUAGACAGCCUCUAAUUUUGUUUUUAUUAAAGGGGUCAUA